AGUCAAUGCUGUUCUUCGUGACUUGUGGUGAAUGUGUUUAUGGUUGCCAAAAGAGACAGUAUUGUUGUCCAAAAUGGCAAACUUUGAGUUUUCGGCUACGAGAAAAGUCUUCAUAUAGGUUACAUAAAACUAUAAAAGCAGAGCAAAGUCAACCCAAGUUUGUAAAAACUGGGAAAGGUUUCCAAACUACUGUCGUCAAAGGGAAGGAACAACGAAACGGAUGGAAGGAGGAGGAAGAACAGACAAAUAAUUAUUUUGAACCGGGAAGUAAAGAUAACUUACACAACUCUGGAAGUUUGCCACCCAUAGUUUCAGACCGGAUGGGUAAACGUAUGCUAUAUGCCUCAAGUGUUCCUUUUAUGCUUUUCAUUGUAUUCUUUGCUUCUGUAUUUGUGGCUAAACUUCAGUUCGAUAUUACGGUCAUUCCGUCUCUAGUAGCUUAUAGUUCGUUGUUACUGAUCUUGGCUACCAUGGCAGCCUUGAGUUAUGGGAUAUUUUCUGCUUCUUGGGAUGUGGAACAGGAAGGAAGUUUUUGGGGUUGGAAUGAGUUCCGAGUAAACGUUGGUCGUACGUUGGAAGGUUUUAAGUCAAACUCUAGAGGAAAAAAAUAGUAAGGGAACUGUUAUGGAUACAGUAAUAGA